AUGUCCAAUUUUGAAAAAGAUGAUAAUUUUAGUAAUCUAUUAAAACCAGAUGUAACAAAGAUAGCUCAAGGAAUACUUGAUUAAGAAAUAAAAACAUAUAAUUACAAUAAUCCCGAGGAAUCAUAGAAAAAAAGUAAUUCAAUCUGUGACACAAUCUUAAUUAAAUUGAAAGAUCUAAAUCAUAAGCACUAUAAAUUUAUAGUUAGUUGUCUCAUUCUUUAAAAAGCUGAUUGUGGGGUCAGUCUCUCAGCAUCUUGUUAUUGGGAUAAUAAUACAGAUGGAUCUGUUUCAGUAAAACAAGAAAGUGAUAAUGCUCUUUGUAUAGUGAACAUAUUUGCUUGCGGAGGUUGA